UCCUUUUGGGCAAGAAAAACAUGGCGGUGAAUUGGAUGACUCGUUUGUUUUUGAAGUAGGAUUUUUUAACGUUGUUUUUGGUGAAAUACAAAAUGGGUUGAUUUAUACGAUGCAAUAUAGGACUUGGCUGACUAGACCAGAAUGGAUAAACAUGACCGCUUUAUCGCUAUUAACCAAACACUACCCGGGUUGGAAGAAUUUCUUAAAGAAGUCCUGGGUAGCGAGCCAUUGAGUGAAGAAGCGAAUAAACAACGAAUUGAAUUUCUAAGAAGAUUAGAGAGUGUAUCAAGACCGCCAUCUUUGCCCCCGAGACCUGCAAAUUUGGGUGAAAUUUAUCGCGCUCGACUACAGAACAACGAAGGUCCUUCCGGAAGCGGCUCCCAAGAUGAAAGUAGUGUUUAUAAAAACGAAAAAGCGAUAGACCCAGUCGAAUUUGCUUCACAGCAACGUGAACUGUCCAGAGCUACUACUAUCUACAAAACUCUACCUCCACCAAAUUUUUGGUUCGGCGAGAAAGGAAGCCGCAAUGGAGGCUUGUAUAUUCAGAGGUCGGCAAAUACGAGGGAUGUGCGGGACUCCGUUGUGAGUACAAGCAGUAAUGAAGAUGACAUCUAUGAACACCUUAGUUUAAAGCGCCUUUCUCCUGUUGAGCCUUCCAAAGGACAGGAGGGUGAAACAAAGUCCAAGGUUGAAGACUCUUUUGUGUUUCCCAGUCCCCCUAAGACUCCUCAAGAGCAUACAUCGAGUAUCUAUGUACCAGCUCGCACAGGAAGUUUGAGAGGGUCUGGAGGCAAGGGGAAACUCUCCACAGUAUGGUUUAAGAAAGAAAUCAAACCAAAUGAAGAAGUGUAUGUAUCAACCUUACGAGAACCUGUUAUUCAAGGUUACCUGAAAGAUGUCAAAGCAAACAAAAGACGCUGGUGUGUAUUACAGGGUAAUCGCCUGCACAUCUUCAAGAAUCAAGAGGAUCCUGCCAUAAUGAUACUAUGCCUGCCUGACUGUGACAUAGGAGUUGAUGAUAAGAAGAAGAUCAGUUAUAGCUUUCGACUCACUCCAUCUGAUGGGCCAGGUGUGACUUUAGCCAUUGAGGAUGGCCAGGACCUAUCUCCAUGGAUGAGUGCAAUAAUGGCAGCAGCUGUACGUCGCAGCAGUCUUGGCAGGCCCAUUAGUCCUCUAGAGGGUUUAUUUAGCCUAGAGGAAGCUAGGGAAAGAAUGCGUUCUGCUGAAAUAGAUGGUGGAAUAGAAGAGGAAGAAGAAGAAGCAUGGGAAGAUAUUUAUGAAAAACCUGUGGACUUCAAUGUGAGUGGGACACCUUUUGACCACAGUACCCCAGAAACAGCAGAAUUCAAAGAAGAGGAAGAUGAAGGCUACGAUGCACCCCUCCCUCCAAUCCCUACUGGGUAUGAUUCUUCAUCAGAAAGCAGCUCAGACGAGGACGAAAGUGUGGAAAGUAAAGGAUCUUCCAAAAAAGCUGAAGAAAAGAAGAAAAUUUAUGAUGCAAUUCCUCCUGAUUUGUUGGCAGAGCUUUCAGCUGGACAGCGUAAACGCAGUGAGACAAACAAAAGCCAGGAUUCUAUGUGUGAAGAUGGGUCGACAAAUGACCAUUCAAUGGAUUUCACAGAUAGUCAUAGUGAACAUAGUGGAAAUAUUAGUAACAGACACAGCUACAUCGAGCCUACAGCAUGUGAUGAUGCUGUGAGCUCUGAACCCAAAGAGGAGAAAACAGAAAGUUAUUCGCGGAAACGAACUUCUACUGUGCUCAGUGCAAGCAUGGAGUCAAUAGGCUCUGAUACAGAAGAAACUAGAACUGUCUCAGUUAUGUCACAGACAACUGAAACCAGCAAAGGUUUAGGUCCUAAGGUAAAAAGGAGAAGAAAGCUCGUUCCAGCUGAAGCUGAGCAGAAGUUUCUCAGAGAUCCUGAUGCAAUGCAUAGUGGAAUUCUUCAUCAGAAGCGCAGGUUGGGGGUCUGGUCAAAACGCUACUGCAAGAUUAUUGACGGGAGAUUCAAGUGUUAUCGCAAUCCAGAGGACCAGAAACCAAGCUUGAACUUUCCCAUCCUUGGUUAUGACAUAAGUCUGAUUGACAACAAGGAAACAAAGAAAAGUUACUGCAUCAAAAUCUCUCAUCCAAGCCAGGAUACCUAUUUCUUUGCCACAGAUUCACGAGUGUCAAUUGAACGAUGGAUCGAGGUGCUAUCUUUGGCGGCCACUGCAAGGCCAGAUGUGAUUGCGCCAUAUCCACCUUACUUUUGUGCUUAUCAAUCUGGAGAUGAAUUACAAAGUAUGUCAAGGGAGUCCUUACUAAGUAGUGAGGGGAGGCUCUCUGAUGAUGAUGGUGCAGAUACUCUGGACGAGUUAGAUCCUUCUUCUGAAAAAGGCAGCAGUCUCGGAAGAAUCAAAGCAAAGAACAAAUUUCCCGAUGAAGAGAGUGGAACAACACCGCCAAAUGAUGGAAGGAACGUGGAAACAGUCCAAAAUCAGCCUGAGAGCCAGGAAAGCGAAGUCAAAGAGUCUGUGGAGCCCGAGGUGAAAGAGAGAGCGCAGAAGAAGAGGAAAGAGAAGCCAAAAGAAGGAACAAAGACCCCUUCCACCAUGAGCCCACCUCACAGCUUGUUUAUCAGUGAGUCUAGUGAUGGCCAGGCUAAAGCCGAACCAAUGAAUGAGGAAUACGUUUCUCUUGCGAAAGAGAGUGCUAAGGAUGGCAGCGAAGAUUCUUCCUCCAAAAAAGACAGACGGUGGACAGGCACUCUGAAAAAGAAAUCAUUAUCACGAGGCAACUCGCACGAUCACAGAUUACGUGGAAAUGUUUCGACGUCUACUCACACAGAGAACGUUAAAAACAAAAACCUAAGCAUGAGACGGAAGAAUUCACAAACAUUCGCCCAUUUAAUGGCUUUAUUCGACAAAGAGGGUCGCUUCUGUGGAUAUCUUACUGAAGUUAGGCAGAAUAAGUUUGGGACGACACAUUUACGGAGAUGGUGUGUUGUCAAAAACGGAGAGUUGAUUAUUUUUAACAGCGAAAACGAAGAUACACCCCAAGGAAAACUCUCCUUAGUGGACAUGUGGUUGACUAAUAGGAGUGACGAGAGGAGAAAAAAGUUCAGUUUUAUUCUAGAGGACAAAGAUGGUAAUGAAACAACCUUGCAGACAACUGACAAAGACGAUUUUCAAAAGUGGAUGGGAGUGCUAGGGUUGUUUACCGAGCUUCGUGUAGAAAGACCGCAACCAGAAGUUGCCGAGCCCCCCAAGAAAACAGACGGCAUGGCCGGUGAGGAAGGAGAGGGGUUCUUUGAACGGGGAACAUUGAGAACAAAGAGUGCUCGUGCUGCCACUAAACUGAAGGAUGAAAUUUACUCUUUGGCCCCGGGAAAGGUCAGGUCGUCACUGAGGAUGAAAUUGUCACAAAAAGUAAAUGUGAGAGAUAUUUUUCGGAAGACGCACAGCUCAUACGACUUAGAAGGCAUGUCAAAUGAGGGAUCUUCCCUCCCGGAACCAGAUAUAGAUACUUUGGCAGUGUUUGGUGGACUUUUGACACAAGUAGAGCCAGACGGCUCCACAAAUUCACGAUGGUGCACAAUCAAAGAGAAGGAACUCCUAAUUUUUACGGACCGUAAGGCUCCUGACUCUCUUUGCCAAAUACCACUUUGGAUGGCGACAUUCAGUGAUUUGAGCGACACCGAAAAUAGUCCCAACAGAUUUCAAGUUCGUUAUGGUAGAGAAAAAGUUGUUUUCGACACGUGUGAUAAGUUUGAUCAUAACAGAUGGCUCAAAAUGCUGGCCUCUGCCACCGAGCGUCGGAACUCGAGUGACGAAGACAAACCGAAGUGCGUCGGUCUAUUAACUUCGCCGACAUUCGCAAAGAAGAAACUUUUGCAUCGGCGAACUCGUAGUGAGGCGUUGUCUCAAGGAGACGAAAUAUCUCCAGCGACGCCGUUGAAAGAAGGAUCUGUUAGUUCCACGAGUUCCACCGAUAGACUAAUGAGUGGAUAUCUUCAGGAAAUACGUGACACUAAAGGUGCUCGAACCCGCAUUCGCCGGUGGUGCAUAGCGACCAGCGAGAAAUUUCUCGUGUACGAUAACCAGAACUCAUCCAAAGCUUCUUUUGAGUGGGAACUGUCUGAAAUGACGGUUCAAGAUCGUAGCGACAUGGAUACGGGUGUGUUCGAAUUUAGCGUCUCCCUUGGCGAGAAAAGGCUUAGUUUCAAAGUUAUUGAUGAGGAUUCUGCGAGGCAUUGGCUAAGUGUCUUAGCACGCUAUUGUCAACCUAUAGCGACCAAUCAACCGCUAUUUAAGACUCCAUCAAAAGUGAAACGCAAAGAGGAACGUAGGCGAUCUGCGAGUUGGAACGAUCUGAAAUCGAAACAAGCCGAGAAGGAAAAGAAUGAUCUCGAAGUGUUAAGCGAAGGAAGGGCGAGUGGGCGAAAGCUCACACGAAGAGCAACCGAAGAUUAUUCGUUCCUACGUAUGUUUAACCGCUCAGAGUCGUUUAGAGCUCCGUGGCGCACGUCCCAAGAAAAACUGGAGGUAAAAAUGAGGGAACGAUCAGGGAGAACUGCCACUAACAGAGCCUGGAAAAGAUUCUCGUGCGGUACUCUGUUCGACAGUGAUGGUAAAUACAGUGGCCAUUUAAUGGAGAUUAUCAUGAAUAAGUUAUAUAGAAGUCAAGUGCGUCGGUGGUGUGUGCAGAAAGACAACCAUUUAUAUGUGUACGAAAACGAAGCUGCGUUGGAUCCCGUCAAAGUGGUUCCUCUGUUUAAAGCCAAGGUUGUGGAUACCAGUGACAUUGAAGCCUGUGUUUACAAGUUUAGAAUUGAUUAUGGCGAAGCAAACUGUGUGUUUUUUCAAGCGCUGACCCGCACAGAUCUCGAGAAGUGGACAACAGUUAUCUCAGUCAAAAUCGCCGUUCUUCAGGACCGGAGCGAACGUCAGCUCCGACGGAACAAUACUUUGAGUUCAGGAAGGACCAUGGAUACAGCGGGUUCCAGCGAAUGUGAGUUUCCGUCGCCACUACCCAGACCCUCCUCCAUGUCCCUGACAGGAGACUCCUUGUCUCUCAAUGAAACUUUGUCGAUCUGCUCAGCUGAUAGUGUCUUUGCCUCAGCGAAUGACGCCGUGACCAGUGCAGAUGGGGAAACAGUCACGUCCUUUUCAUCAGGAUUAAAACCAAUUGGUACGGACGACGAGACUGCAGCGAGUUCGAUGACAGAUGAGCAGUCACCCAGUGAUCAAGGCGUAACCGACGCUGGUUUGCCACCUGCUGAAGGAACGGCUUCGGAGAUCGAGACUUUGGAAGGCAAUCGCAAAACUGUGGACAAGAUGUCUCUUAUUGAAGACUGGAGUCAUAUUUACGAGAACUUCUUGGCAUUUGCUUCCGCCAUGGCUGAAAGAAAUCCUGAAGAGCUUUACCACGUGUAUGAGAAUGUAACGCAAGCCCUGCACCCUGGUUCUCAGGUUUCAGCUCAAAGUGAUGGCCUUGGUGAUAAUUCCACUGGCCUUGGUGAUAAUUCCACUGACCGUGGUAAUAAUUCCACUGGUAACGAAAGCAAUGAAAAAAAUAAAGUAGAAAGCCCUGCCAUGGAAAUGUCAUCGGAAUUCGAGAAAAUUACUCUGCAGGAAAAUGAAGAUGGUGUAUCACUGAAUAGAUCUUCGGGUACCUGUGAUGAGACUGCUCAGGAGAAACUUACGAAGGAUGCUAACCAAGAGGGACAAGAUCUUAAUAGGACUGUAGAAAAUGACGAGACGUCAAAAAUUGAUGGAGAAACUUUGGUAGCUGCCGUAAGUAGUGGUGGUGAUGAAGAUGUUGCUAGGAGUAGCCGACCGGUCAUUGGGGAAAGCCAGGAUCUCACAUUACCGAGCAGAAACGAGGAAAUUGAAGAGUUUGGAGAGCAUGUGAAGGAUAUUAACUGGGUCAAAACUAAGGACUUUGAGGAAGCAAGUGAUAACGAAGUACCAUCAGAAUCGUUGGGCAACGUUGUAACAAGUCGUUCAACUUUCGGAGCCGAAGCUGCUGAUGAAACGUUCAUUCAGGAGAGAAAUGCGGUUGACACGCAGCCAUCUCUGGUUCAUAAUGAUAAUUUGAGCGACACUGAAAGAGGUGAAAACUCGUUUUAUGUUGUCAAGGAGGGGAAUGACCAGUUGUGGAGAGAAAUUGAGGACGAGGAGAUCAGAGAGCCAGUGAUAGCUUCAAGUGUAGAAGCCAAUGCUGUUCAGGUUUCGUUCGAGAGUAAGGAAGAGCAGUUGGAAGAGGGUACUUUUGAUUUGGAUGUAGAGAAGUCUGCUUUAAGCACAGGAGAUGAAGACAAGGCCACGGAAGUCAAAGUUCAAGAUCUCCAAGAUGUUCAUAACGAUGAUUCCAACACCAACAUUUGUACUGAAGCAGAGGUGUCCCUGGAAAAUGAUCUUGGUUUAACUCGAGGGCAAACUCAAACUUCCCACGAAGAAACUCCACUUGGAGAACAUGACAAAAUGUUUUUGGAACGCGAAGGCCAUGCAUUACCUGGAUCACCGAGUAUGGAUUUAAAGGGUGGAGAGGCGACUGGCUCGCAAUUUACCAGUGCAGUGGCUCAACACAGCGAUAUUUUUCAUGAUACAAGAAAAGAAGAAAUUGCCCUUAACAGUUCAAGCCAACCUGAUGUACGAGAUCCCGAUCAAGAAUCAGAGGUUAUUCAUACAUUUGGCGCAGUUGACACUCAUGAAGAGCACGCGAAUGAAGUUUUGGAAGUUUCUUGUGAAGAUGCUGAGAAAUUACAGUCUCUUAAUACUGUGCUCUCUUCCAACGAUCUGCCAGCCAGUGGACACAUGGAAGAUAAUUUGUGGCUUCAACAAGACACCGAACAAUCUCAGGAAACUCUAGACGAAGGUGUUGAGUUGGAAAGAUAUUCUUCGGAUGAAGGAUUUUAUACGCCAGAAGAUACUAUAGACCUCUCAUUAAGAAGUAAUAGUGUGGCCGGGGAAGACAGGGAAACAAACCUUCACAAUAACCGUACACAAAAUAGUGAUCCUGAACCCAGCUGUACAGAAAGCGAAAAAGGUGUAGCUACGCUGUCCAAAGAAGGGCUUCACUCAGAAGGAGAUUCAAAGACAUUGACAACACAAGGCGUUGAUGGACCACUGUCUGAAAAAGAAGCCCAUGUCAGCCUGCCCGAGGUGAAGGAAUUACAAGAAGAUAGCGUGAGCAGAUCAAGCUUGGAGGAUAAACAACAGUUGACAAGCAUGGACAUUCUGAAAGCCGUCACAGCUGCUUUUGAAGAGAUACUUGAACUUCAUGGCGACGAGAGGGAUGCAGAUGACACCAGACUGUGAUACGAGGGUAGAUAGAUGUAAACUCGCCCAGACCUCCCAUCCCUUCUCCUCCUCCUCUUCCUCCUCCUCCCCCUCCCCCUCCCCCCCCCAAAAAGGAAAUGCUCCGAUUGAAUCAACUGUGUUGUAAACGAGCAGUGAAUUGAACAAAAACGGUUAACCAAUGGAAUCGAAAAAUUAUACCCGACACUGGAAAUUUCGUGCAGUCAAACAUGAUAAUUUUGGUAAUUUUGUGUCCUUUUGGCUCCAACACAAGGGCAGUACUUUUUGAAAAAUCUGCGCCAAAAGAACUUAAUACACGUUGAGCAGUCAUGUUCGAGCGAUUUUGAAAGGCUCGCGAUGGGCUCCCUUUUCUACAAUCACACUGAAAUUCUGUGAACCAUCACAUCGAUUUCGCACCCGGUCAUCAGCUCGUUCGGCACGUGGGUGGGGGUGUUCAAGACUGCAUAAUAAAUGUCUUUGACUCGAAACGAAAAACCACACUGAUGACAGAGAUUCCUAUUUUCACUCUGAUUAGUUGAUAAUUUUUCACGAGUUUUCGAAAUCAGAUGCAACACUUAAUAUUUAUCUUCAUGAGUUCAGGGUGAAAUUACUUAUUAACUUUGUCAUUCCAACAUAGAAAUGUAGCGUAUUUUCUAAUUCUAGUCAAAUACGAUUUAAUUGGCUCAGGCGUGGCCUUAAGGAGAAAAAAAGUUUCUGCGUUCAAGACAUACAUUUUUCCUGAUCUGUCAGACGGUGAGGAACGACGUUCUGAGUCACUGACUGGAUUAUUAGGGGAAAUAAUUCCAUUCACACAAGGGGUGGGGGUACAGCAGCGGCUUACUUAAUGAAGAUAUUUUGCAUGUUCGCCCAAGAUCAUCACUUUCAUCUUAUAUGGAUUUGUCUUAGGCUUUGUAGUACUUUCCAAAGCUUGGCGAAAAUCUUUGACUACACUCCCUCUUGUCUACCUUGUAGUAAAAAUUUAGUGCCCCAUCUUGUUCUAACUUUAAAGAGGGUGAACCCUCAACUUCUAAAAAGGGAAGCAAUCGGUCAGGCUUGUAGACUAGGUACGUCAACCACGUGACUUGUUUCCGAUAGUGUUUUGCAAAAGUGAAUAGCAAGAAGUUAUGAACAUCUUGGGAAUAAAUGUCUGAUCUUGGUAAGUGCGUCGUUGACCAGGCCUUAAAGUGGAUCUUUUUCCUUAAGGCUAAGAUAAAGGCCUGUCCACGUGGACUAAUGUUAGAAAUUAUUUAAUAUCCACCAAACAUUAGGCAUAUAUCAUGACAUGUAGUCACAGUAAUUAUAUCUAUUAAGUAAGUCGGUUCCUUUCUUUCAGAGCAGUGUUGAAUUGAGUGUCCCAAGUAAUGCAGGAUUGUAUUGAUUUUAUUUUCGCCUAAGAUUGGUUCAGGAAACUCGCGCCCUCCCCACAGCUUAUCAGAUGUAAAACUAGAAAACAAUCGCGUCUUGGUCAUCCACGUCUUCCCGCGUUUCAAGCAGUUUGCUUAUAUUCAUUUUGAGUUCUCAUUGGCGUACAAUAAUGUAAACGCUUUUUUUGAUUGGUUGCUUGGAUUACUCAGUUGAAAACGGCUCUGAAAGGGUAUAGUAACAACAAAUUGUCACGCGACCGAAUGGAAGCCCUGAUUCAAUCACUGUUUAUCGCUUUGGAAAUGAUUAAGUUAGUAAUUUAAAAAAAGUGAUUAAUGCCGUUUCAAAAUCAAAAUUAUUGAAAUAUAGUUGUUAAUUGUCAGGAGAACACCAUGUCAUUAGGCCGGUUCAAUAAGUUAAAUAAUGAAAUUCGAUGAAUGUUUGAAUUUAAUUUAAAAUGUAGGUUAGUUUAUUUAAAUUCGAAAGGGAGAUAUGCAAUGUCUAAUAUGUUGUCAUGUCCACGUGUUGUAAAAGUGUUGUAAAGCUCAUCAUUGGCAUCUACGUUCGUCAAAGAUUUUUAAUUUUCUCGUUGGCCAUGUUUCAAAUUUAUACACAUCGAGUAAGAUGAAUAUGUUCACUUCUCUUUGGGCCCAACUCUUGUCCUGCAGGCAUUUAGACAGCGGUUAUUUCUCUUACUUCCUCUUUAUGUAUUCAAACAAGUUGCUUGUGUAUUAUAGGCUGUACAGUUGAAAUUAUGUUGAAAUGAUUUGAUAGGAACAAUUGUUUGACAUCUUUGUCUUCAGGAGACAAUAAAAGAGGAAGAAAACGGG